CGGAACGCAGUCCUCUUUUCUUUCUGCGCAUGGGGGUGACGAAUAUGAACAAGAACAUCAAUCUACAUUCCAAUAUGAAUUCAAACGCAAACGCAAUAGCUCGAUCCCCGAUCUCCGCGGUCGACGCAGGCUACGUGGUGGCACGGCCGCCACUGCUUCGAGAGCUGCCGUCGGUGCCGAACCCAGCAGACGGAAACCAAACCGAAGUGGGAGGCGACGAUGAGUAUGCCUUUUAYGAUCUCUACCAGAGUCCCUGCCGGGGCGUCCUGCGAGCAAGCAACGACGAGCUUCUGGACUUUGUCGACCUGGGGGAAAUGAACGACGACGCCGAGCGGAACCACAUAACGAGCUACGGCAGCAAAACCGGCAAGACCGGCAUCGGCGCCACCGAAGCCGCGCUGCUGUACCAGAACUACGGCUACUACUACGACGACCUGGAAUACUGCGGCGCSACCUUUUACGGGGGCUGCGACUUUGGGGACCGAGACGAGCUGGCAACCCGCAUCCGGCGAGAAGAAGAAGCCCUCGGCAACGGUGGCGGUGGGGGGGAACCGUUUGGCGGAACCCUUCCUUCUUUUGUGAACUGGACGGUGGUGUACGAUUACGAAAUCCACUACACCGGGCGCGGCACCGGCAGCACCAACAGAGCACCGCAAACCGCUUGGUUCUAUUCCAACGAAACCAGAGCCGGCGUUGUGUCGCAAGACCGCCAAAAGGCCCGAUCCAGCGAGCUGUUGCGGGAACAGCACCCGCAGCAACAACAACAACAACAACAACAACAACAAGCGGAAGAAAUCCGAGGCAGGGACCCGAUUCCGGCCGUAGAACACCUGGAAACGAUCGUCCUGGAGCACCUGAGCGAGGUCGUCGGCCUCUCCCGGCGGGGCUGCGGAAGCGAAGAUCCAGCGCAAAACCGAACCAAAACCUCCUACCACCACGAUUUYACAGACGACGAACUCAAGCGWAUGAUGGCGAUAUCCAGUAACCCGAUGGACGUCCUCGAUCCGGACCACGGUGAGUCUGCUUGUUUKGCGUACAGCGCCAAUUGGCACAGUUGAAUAAMGAUGCAGGCRUGUGUUUCUGUGGUUGUUGCAUCUCAUUCUUCGUUGGAUUGUUGUGACUGUCUCUUCUCCMACAGCCGAGUGCACGGUCCCGGUGGCUUCGACCAUAGGCCAGAAGACCGAUUGCGUGCCCGUAUCGGGUGCGAUUCGCAUCUAUCUGAACACCACAGACAUUCCCAGYCACUCCCUCGAGGACCUCAAGCUGUCCAUCCAGAGCGGAUUCCAGAGGCUGAUUCGGUUCGGGAUGCAGCACGGGUUGUAUCUUUCGGAUGACAGCGAAGACGAYGACAGACACGGAGACGGGGUAGUUGUCAGYCACGUAUCUUUCAUAGGAACACGGAUUCCAGCCARCAACAAUGAAAGUGGCGAAGUGGCGCCGGCAGCAGAGACCAAAGCCGAAAACUCUAGGCCACAGUCGACUUCGUCGUUGUUUAUGGACCAGUCGGAAGACCUGGCCAACGGCGACAAGAGCACCACCAACGCUGUCCUCGUCGUCGUAGCUUCCCUGGGGGUCAUUUUCGCGGCCAUCAUUGCUGCAUUCGGAAGCGGACGGCGAAAAAGGAACAACGGCUUUGGCCCURUAGACGCCGGUCGCGAUGGGGUCGACGAAGAAACGGGCUUGGUGGCAACCGCCGGGGAAGCAGUGCCGCCCGUGCUCGCCGGAAUGGACCUUCUGGCGGACAAUGCCGAGAUUGCUUCGGUCUCGGGAGGGUUCGUCAAGAACGGGACGCCGUCAAUCUCGUCCGAUGCAACGGUUGCGGACGCAGAGGUCUACGAUGACAAUGAGGACGACGAUGACGAUGGACCCUUUUUUUCCACGGAACCAAAGGCGGUGCUGUAUACCAUGAAUUGAACGGACUGGUGAAGGAACUACCGCUGCUUCAGUACCGAUGACAACCAAAAGCUUUGUCGGAAAAUUAUGUUGUCCUCGGUUUGAUUGUUUCCUUAAAAGGAGUAAGAAUAAGAAUGCAAUAGAGAG